CACAGCUCGAGCGAGAGCACAGCAGCUCUCACAGGACUACCAGUCACCAUGGCACCGACCAUCCUCGACUACCAUUCGGACUGCCAGACGUUCGCCCUCUCGAUCUCGCCCCUCUCGACCUCGUCCGCCUCGUCCCUCAAGCUCGCAGUCGGGUCCUACUCCGAGGCGCGCGCCCCUUCCUCGACCUCGACCUCGUCGUCUUCAUCUACCGCGGCCAACGGCGGCAUCAACGGCGCACCUCCCCAGCAUCAGCAGGGCGGCAACAACUUCACGGUCGCCGCCCCCUCUCCCGCCGUCGCCGACCUCGACGACGCGUCCGACUCCGAAUCCGAGACGGCGUACCGCUCGCGCUCGACCCGACAGCGUGUCCCCGCCGGCGGGUCGGCCCUGAGCCCGAUCGCGCGCGCCGCGCUCCUGUACCCGCCGAGCGCUGUCCGGUUUGCGCCCGCGCGCCUGUCGAGCUCGUUGGCGUCGGCGCAGGGCGACGGGACCGAGCGCGAGGUGCUCGCGACGAGCACCGAGUGCCUGCGGCUGUGGGACUUGGUCGGCGAGCAGGACGACGGGUCGGCGGCGCGGCAAGGCGGUGGGUUCGUCGGUCAGGGGCAGGCGCACAGCAGGAGCAAGCUCGUCAGCCGGGCAACGCUGCAGAAUGCCAAGGCCGACUUCUCGGCGCCGUUGACGGGCUUCUCGUGGUCGGAGCUCGAGCCGACCAAGAUCGUCACGUCGUCCAUAGACACUACGUGCACCGUGUGGGACAUCUCGACGGGCGUCCCCGUGACGCAGCUCAUCGCGCACGACCGCGAGGUGUACGACGUCGCAUGGUCGCCGGCGUCGCGCGACAUCUUUGCGUCGGUCGGCGCCGACGGGAGCGUGCGCAUGUUCGACCUGCGCUCGCUCGAGCACUCGACGAUCCUGUACGAGGCGGGCCCGGCGUCGCAGUCGGCAGGAGGAGGCGCGAGCGCGACGAGCCCGCCGCCGAGCACGACGCCGGCGCCGCUGCUCCGGCUCGCGUUUUCGCCGACGAGCCCGACCUACGUCGCCGUCGUGCACGCCGACAGCGCCGACGUGCAGAUCCUCGACACGCGCAACCCGGGCGCGCCGGCGUUCGAGGUGCGCGGCCACCGGGCGGCGGUCAACGGGCUCGCGUGGGGAGGAGGGGUCGGGGCCGGGCAGGGCGGCGAGACGAGCGGGCCUGGGUGGCUCGCGACUGUCGGCGACGACGCCAACCUGCUCCUGUGGGACCUGUCGCACGCGCAACCGCCUCAACCUCCGUCCCGGUCGGUCCCGCAGCAGCCCAAGGUGUUCAGCUCGCCGACGCUGGCCUACACGGCGCCGAGCGAGGUCAACGCGGUCGCGUGGGGCGGCGGAGGCGACUGGUUGGCGCUCGGCUGCGGCAAGACGGCGAGGCUGUGCGCUCGAGCGGACGCAGGGUCUGAGCAGUGCGAGGGUUCGUCUUGAGUAGGACGCGAGGGGGCGGUCGCAGUGGAAUACAAGUCGAGGUUGCGCAAGGCU